AUGCACCUGAAGUUCUACGAGGCCGGCCAAAAAUACGGUGCUUACGACUGUUUCCAAUGUCGUUCACAACGCUCGCUAACUCCUCUCACAGGAUCUCUUGUUCGCAUCGGUCCAAACGACCUUGUGACGAGCGACCCGGACCUCAUGAAGCGUAUGCUCGGCGUGCGCACCAAGUACACGCGUUCAGACUGGUACAACGCGAUGCGACUGGAUCCGAGACACGACAACGUGCUGUCUACCAGAGACGAUGCAGUGCACACCAGACUCCGGUCUCAGAUGGCCGGAGGGGUCGAUUUGUAUGGACUGCUGACGAUCGCGACAAAGUAUUCUGGCAAAGAAGUAGUCGAACUUGAAGCCAAGAUCGACGAAAGCGUCCUUCGACUCAUGUCAAUGAUCGAUACGUAUGCUUCUCAAGAUAAAAGGUUCGACUUCGGCCUGAAGGCGCAGUACUUCACGCUCGACGUCAUUUCAGAUCUUGCAUUCGGCAAGCCGUUCGGCGAUCUGGCUUCCGAUUCGGACGUUUAUGACUACAUUCACACGACGGAACAAAGCAUGCCGAACAUCGUCGUCGCGGCCGUUCUGCCCUCUCUACUCCAUGUGUUAUCGUGGCCUCUGCUUCGGCGGCUGAUGCCUUCGGAAAAUGAUGCCACCGGGUUCGGAAGGCUGAUUCGGAUGGCGAAGGAAAUCGCCGGCGAGCGCUUCGGGCCAAGCAAGAAGACGAGGCAAGACAUGCUUGGCUCUUUCGUAGCACACGGCCUGACGCAAAAAGAGGCGUCUUCGGAAAUCCUCAUGCAAAUACUCGCUGGAUCGGACACGACGGCCACGGCCAUCCGAGCUACGCUGCUUCACCUCAUCACCAACCCACGA